GAGGCGAGUGGCAAGGUUCAAAGAAGGGGAAACCUCCAGCAAUCUGAGAAACUCGCUCAAACCCACAAACAAAAUGACUUUUGAAGAACUCACAGGCGAUCAGAAAGCAGAGAGGAUGGAUGUGGUGAGAAAAGCUUUGGAAGAAGUUUUGAGCUCCGCGCUGGCGCAAGGCUGCAUCACAGUUGGAGUGUAUGAGGCAGCAAAACUCCUAAAUGCGGAUCCUGACAACGUUGUUUUAUGCUUGCUUGCCACGGAUGAAGGGGAUGAUCUGGACGUGGCUUUGCAAAUUCAUUUUACGCUGAUCCAAGCUUUUUGCUGCGAAAACGAUAUUAACAUAAUGAGGGUGAACAACAUGCACCGUCUGGCAGAGAUCUUGGGCGGGAUGGAUGGGGCAGGCGAACCUAAAGAUCUCCAUUGCAUAUUGAUCACAAGUCAAGUUGCACCAUGGAAAGAUGCAGCGUUGAGCAAAGUCAGCGGUUUCUGCAAAGAGAGUCGAUACUUGGAUCAGUGGGUCCCAAUCAUCAAUCUGCCUGAACGGUGAUCCUCAUUUAAUCGCAAACAUUGGAUUUAAGAGUUGCAUUUGCCUCUCAGGGAUUGCUCAGGAGAUAUUCUCAUUAGCCGUCCGAAAACAUGGCGCUGGAAAAUUUAAAAGUUUUUUUUUGUUGCGGAGGGCGGGCUAGACUGGAGUUUCGACUGUCUGUAAUUAUUUUCCUCAGAACGCCGAACUAUGACUCAACUUCAGCUGUGCCUGGAAAUAGUGACAAUGAGUAAGCAGACGGGAACUGAAGCAAAGGUUGGAGCUGAUUUCAUAGCCGAGAGUAAUAGAACUGCCGGAAGAAUUGCGGGGAAUUACAGCUUCUAUUUCAGGAACUAGAACUUGUUUUUAAAAAAAACUUGUUUUGACAAAACUCGACGCAUGGAUAAGAGAAGUGUUUGAAUUUAGUUUGAAAAUGCAGUAUUGCUUACUAUUUACACGAUGUCACAGACCUGAGGGGAAAGUUUAAAAAACAUAAUAUGUUAAGGAUUUUUAUUGUAUUUAAUUACAAAUUGAACUUUAUUACAAAAACACUUUGCUGUUUUGUCUAAGUAUGAAAUGAGAAGUUAUUUCACAAUUUAUAUAA